CAUCAACUCAGAGUCUUCAUAGAUCACCUAGAUACCAUCCGCAAGCAUCCUCAAGACAUCCGCCGACAAUUCAAAAAAUGCCGACUUCUCAAGAGAUCUCAACCUCGAGCAAACACAGCUCAAAGCCAACAUCUCCGCCACCACCUCCCCAGUUUUGGUAUUGUUGCUCAUGCCGUUAUGGGCCAAUGACCAUCAUUUUAACGCCGGCAUGUGUUCAUUGUAACGAUCACUACCGGUGCGGCAAUUGCAAACUCGAGUAAGGCCUUGAUGAGCUUCUACU